UGUGUCACCAAUUUGCAAGACAACGUUCAAUGCUACUUUAUGUAAUAAAGUCAUAUUAGAUAGGACACUUCUUUGUCCUUUGCGUGAGUUUAAAGAAAGGUUUAAUUGUGCUAUAAGUUUCUUCAUCAUUGUUCCUGUGGUGUGUAUGUGUGUGGGUGUAAGCCCAUUAACAGCCUCGAUGAUCCUGGCUGCCUGCCUCCUGCUGAGCUCAGUGGGGACAGUUGGCAGCAGCUAGCCAGUCAAACACUUGCGAGGUGAAACUGGCAGCAAUGAGCAGACAAGGUUUUGGUGGAGCUUCUGUGCACUUCUCUCCGAUCAUACUGGGAAAUGGAUCUUCACCCACAGAUCUAACAGAGGAGGACUUAGAUGCUCUACGUUUUGAACUUACCAAGACAGAGGAUGAAAUUCAGGCCUUGAGGCAGGUGCUUUUGGCCAAAGAACAAUAUGCAGCAGACAUCAGAAGGCAACUAGGAAUGAGUCCACUCGGUAACAUCAAACAGAGCUUAUCCAAAGGAUGGCAAGAGGUCCAGACCUCAGCCCCAUAUCUCACAGCCUCUGCAACUCUGGAUGACAUCAGCCACUCCAGCGUAUAUGUGAGGACACGGGACAGUCUCUCUCAUGCAGGCCAGGUGACAUCUGCUGCAAUGUCUAGUGUGGGCGUGGUCAUCACCAGGAGGCUGGCACAGAUGAGAGCUCUGCCUCUUCCAAGCCCACCACGCACACUGAGCCACACCAUAAGUGUGCCGAGUAUGAGGCAUUCCUCUACAUUCAGAUCUUUUGAGGAAAUGGUUGGCAAUAUGAAGGAUAAGGUGACUGGCAGCACAUCAACUAAUGGAAACACGUCCGGGUUUGAAAGAAGAUCCCAUCGCCACAGUCAAUGAGAAGAACCAGUCUAAUGUCAAUAAUUAUUUUCAUUACUUCUAAAGCUAUGAAAAAAAAUAAUUUUGCUCCCUGUCUGUGUGAAUUUGUUUUUUGACUGUAAUCUAAAACUGAUUGUCUGAUAGAAUAUGUUAAAUUUGUAACUUAAGCUCAUUUUGACAUAAAACAUUUUUAAUAUUCAAUACUCAGUUUCAUUAAUGUAAUUUAUUUGGACACGUGUGCAGAGACUCAAGCAGAAAUCAGCUGUAUUAUAAAUUAUAAGUAUUUUUGUUAUUGAACAUUUUUCAAUUAAAGUCAAUAGAAUGGUG